CCGGAAGUGCGGCCACGUCUCACUGAGAAGGCGGAACCGGAGAAGCAGGAAGCUCCUGAGCAGCUGUGAGCAGCAAAAACACACAAAACGAUGGCCCAGUUCCAGGAGGUAUCAAAGCAGUCCGGUCUGCACCCUAAACCCGCAGGCCUGGUUCUGCAGUACGGAACCGCCGGCUUCAGGACCAACGCCAAACUGCUGGACCACGUCAUGUUCAGGAUGGGCGUUCUGGCCACGCUGCGCUCCAAAAAGACCAAAGCCACCAUCGGCGUCAUGGUGACGGCGUCGCACAACCCCGAGGAGGACAACGGCGUGAAGCUGAUCGACCCGAUGGGGGAGAUGGUGACGCCGGCGUGGGAGGGAUACGCCAGCCAGCUGGCCAACGCAGAGCAGGAAGACCUGCUCGCGGCUCUGAAGGACAUUAUAGAGAAGGAGGCCAUAAACAUGAGCCAGGAGGCCAACGUGUUUGUGGGAAAAGACACCAGGAGCAGCAGCGCCAGUCUUUCACAAGCGGUGCUGGACGGAGUUUCUUCUCUCGGCGGCCACAGCAAAGACUAUGGCUUGGUGACCACCCCACAGCUCCACUACAUGGUUUGCUGCCAGAACACGCAGGGUAAAUACGGAGACGCCACAGUGGACGGAUACUACAGGAAGCUGAGCCAAGCUUUCAUCCAGCUCACCAAGAGCGCGUCGAACCGCACCGACGACCAGAAGCACCUCAUCGUGGACGGCGCCAACGGCAUCGGGGCCCUGAAGGUGCGCGAGAUGGAGGCUCACCUGAAGAAGGAGCUGCAGAUCUCCCUCUUCAACGACGGCAAAGGGAAGCUGAACCACCAGUGUGGAGCCGACUUCGUCAAAGUGCAGCAGAAACCUCCAACAGGCGUUGAGAUGAGCCCGGGAGAGCCCUGCUGCUCCUUUGACGGCGAUGCCGACCGAAUAGUUUAUUACUACAGCGACUCCGAGGGACAGUUUCACCUGCUGGAUGGAGACAAGAUCGCUACGCUCAUCAGCACUUUCCUGAAAGAGCUGCUCACACAGGCUGGUCUAGACUUGAAGAUAGCGGUGGUGCAAACUGCUUACGCUAACGGAAGCUCGACGCGCUACCUGGAGGACACGAUGAAGGUUCUAGUGAGGUGCACGAAGACCGGCGUGAAGCAUCUCCAUCACGCGGCGCAGGAGUUUGACGUCGGGGUUUACUUCGAGGCCAACGGACACGGAACCGUGCUGUUCAGUAAAGCAGCCGAGGAGAAAAUCCAGCAGCUCGCCGAGGACGCCGGCAUCAACGACGAGAGGAAGCGAGCGGCUCGACUGCUGCAGAACACCGUCGACGUCAUCAACCAGACUGUCGGAGACGCCAUCUCUGACAUGCUGCUGAUCGAGGCCAUACUCGCCAUCAAAGGGAUGACGGUGCAGCAGUGGGACUCCAUCUACAGCGACCUGCCCAACCGGCAGCUGAAAGUCAAGGUGUCCGACCGCCGGGUGAUCGACACGGCAGAUGCCGAGAGGCGAGCGGUGAGUCCGGCAGGUCUGCAGGACGCCAUCGACUCUUUGGUGAAGAAGUACAGACAAGCUCGAUCCUUCGUCAGGCCGUCCGGCACCGAGGACGUGGUGAGAGUUUACGCCGAGGCGGAGACGCAGGAGAGCGCCGACUCUCUGGCUCACGAGGUCAGCCUGGCGGUUUAUCGACUCGCCGGAGGAGUUGGCGACGAACCCAAACCACUGCACUAGAAGCACAAUGUCACGACGGUAACGAAACAAACGGUGCUCUUUGAACACAAUCCCAAGCUCGUUUUUCUAAAAGCUGGGCGGUGCCAAGGUACUUUGUAAUGCUCUAUGCACUUCAUAAUUGACUCCCGUUUACUUCUCUGGGACUGUAAUGAUUUGUGACGAACUGGGAGAUAAUGAAUCCGUUAUAUUUCUACUGUGAGCUACGAUGCUGCAUAUAUAGAAAAAGGUGUUAAUGAGGGCUUCAGUUCUCUUUUUGGUACACUAUAAUGAAACUUCCUACGAAAUCAAACCUUUUUUAACAGUUACUGUAAAUGAUUUUUUUUGCUUUUCGAAACGGUAAUGUCAAAAAUUUACGUGUCGGUUCAAAAAAGAAAUAAAUCAUGGAAAAAUGAAAAAACACAA